GGAAACGGAACACGGAGGAUUUAUUUUGAAUUUCUGUGUUACAAAACAAACAAAAAGCAGAAGAUGACGAUGGCUCGGUCGGUGAUGCUGGUGGUCCUCGCGGUCGUCAUGGCGAUGAUGGUUGCCCAGGUGAAGGGAGCGCGAGUGGUGAGCGGUCAGACGGUGUGUUUGGGUGGUCCAGAGCGUCCCUGCUAUAAGAUCGCAUAUUUCCACGAUGUGUCGAGCCGUGUUGCCUUCAAGGAGGCACGUCAGGCCUGCGAGAUGGACGGAGGGUCCCUGCUCAGCAUUGAGAGCCAGGCCGAGCAGACAGACAUCGAAAAUCUGCUCCAGGAGCUGCGUUCAGGAGCAGUAGGCGGUGCAGGAGGUGGAGCAGGAGGCGGCAUAGCGGACGGUGAUUUCUGGAUCGGUCUGACUCGAGUGGACGGAGUUGAUCAAACUCAUCCUGAACUCAGCAACACCUUCACUUCAUGUCCACAGCUGUACUACUGGACAGACGGCAGUGUGGCCUCCUACAG